GGCUUAGGCGCCCGCAGUACCUCACACACGAGGACUCGGCACACAGUAGCAAGUUGAAGCCGGUGGGGGGGGACACAACCGUUGCUGACUGUGCUAUUCUCCCUGUUAUCAUGUCCACGCUGACCAAGGAACAGUUAAGAAGUGAGCUGGUGUCCCACGGCGUCGACCUGCCCUCCCCCUCGGCCAAGAAGAGCGAGUACGUCAAGAAGUACGAGAAAUAUGUGGCCCCGAUUGCAAGCUCCAAGGGGGAUUUCUCCUCCGACGACGAGGAUUUACCGGUGAACGACGUGAGGGCCCAGGCUACCCUGGACUCAACCCGCCUGGAGGUCAAUGGCCUGGAUGUCACCCAGCUGGACGAUGACGAGCUGUACACCCGCCUCCAGGACCUUGGCUCACCUGUUGGCCCCAUCGUAGCCACCACGCGGUCGGUGUACGAGAAGAAGCUGUACGUGCUGCUGGGCGGGCAUCUACCUGACUCACCCACCUUCAACGGGGACAUAGAGCAGGAGGACGAGGAGGAGGACUACUCUGACAGUGAGCCGGAGGUCGCAAAAGAGUCGCCGAAGCAGACCCGCAACAGAGUGGUGACCGAGACCUCGCACAAAAGAGUCACAACCACUUCCUCCGCCGCCAGCCCCUCAACCUCGCAGUUCAUGGAUAUUCGCAGGAGAGUGCUGGUCUCAGGGGAUGACGCCACAGACUCAUCGGAAGUAGUGUACAACCCAGAUGUGCACACGCCCUCCCCCCGACCCUCCCUGCGCACUGUGUCCUCCUCCACCUCAGAAACCACGUCCUACCGCAGAGUGUUCAACAACACUGCAAGCAACUCAAGGUCUGCAGCUGUUGCAGGGACAGACACCGUUGACAGUGGCCCUGGGAAGGUGUCUUUGUGCCUGCGGCUCCUCGUCAAACUCCUUUUCUUGGCUCUCCUGAUAGCUGCUGCUCUCUAUUUUUACCAGAAUAGCCCAUCUGAGAGUCCUUUUAAGGCCAUUGAGGAGCUGGCACGGCAAGCCAUUGAGGCGGCCGCAGGGGAGGAAGCAGAAGGCGCCCCUGAGACUGUGGGCCAACCAGCUGCUGCGGCCCCGCCACCUGCAAAGGAGCCGGAAGUGACCAACUAAACCGUGUACCAAAGUCCAGUGAAGUCACCAAGCAGUCCUGGUGGAAUGAGACACAUGGCCUGGGUAGCACUGUGGCCCUCAAGGAACUUUGCCAAAUUAGACGGAGAGAGAAAACUACUGCCGAGAAAAGUAUUGUUUGGUGUAUUUAAUGUAUUUAGAUUAAUUUUGUUACUUGGAGAAAUGUUUGUGUGUUGAAUGUUUUUCCGAAUUAUACAUUUCAAGGCAAAAUUUCUGUGGUGUGUUUCUGGAAGCCAGGGAAGGGGGUGAGAGGCUUGCAAACUAUUUGUAUUUAUUUUCCUUGGUCUAGUUUGCAUACCUCGUUAAGAUAUUAGACUAGGUGUUUUUAUACAUAUAUAGGCCCUUGUUUGUAUUAAUAAUAAUUCUGUAUCACCUGUCCUUUAUUCUCAACUUGUUCCUGUUUUCAUUCGGACUCAGGACACUUACAGGUCUUGCCCCUUCUGUUAGAUAUUCCACACUGAACUAACACUUCUUUACUCUGCUCCUCCAGCAUUUUCUUUCCUGCAGAAAGAUUUGACACCAUUGCCAUAAUUCCUGCACCCAAGAUAAUUAACAUUUUCCAUUGUUUUCAUGGAGAUUUUCUUUAGUACGCUGAACAGGAAGAAGACAAUGGUGGACCAAUAUUAUUACGAGUGCAAUGUGUGAAAUACUUUGGCUGCUUUUGAUGCAAACUUAAUAGAUUGAUCAACAUAAAAAUUACCACCACAGGAGAGACAGAAACUGCUUGGAAUGUGACAACUGGUCAAUGGCCCUCGUCCACGGCCGGCAUGGCUGACGUUGUUGGGUAAUUAAUCUCUAAACCUCAUGGGUAUUCAGGCUCUCUGGGUGAUAGUAAAGGUCUUGUCACAGUUUCUUGUCAAGUGGAGCUUCAUUGGUUCAAACACUGACUUCAAUAAGCCACACUGCCAUAUUAAGUGAUGGAGCUAAGAGUUAUCUAUUUUCAUAGCAAAUGCAAGUGAUGCUCAACUAAGUUUCCAGUCUUUGAAUCAUACCUUCUCCGUGUGUUCAGUGAAGCAUGAUGCAAGAACCUUUGAAGCUGACUGUGUAUCCCCCAAAACUAAUCCAGGGCUAAGUUUUGUAAAGUCUUAGCAAUGAUGAACAUCGUCAUCAAUUUGCAUUACACAAACUUGUGCUCAAAUUUAUGACAUUAGGUGAUAGGGUUGAAUUGGUAUUUCCGUCCAAGUUCACUCCAGCGGCCGCCUAAGCAAACUUUUGGCUUCUCCAAACUACAGAGGUUUGCUCACAGCUAUUCAGUAGAUCAAAAUGGCUGGUCCUGUGAACUAGGCAGAAUGUUACCAACAGAAUUGUUUAGUCUUGUGAAGGAUCUCAGUUAUUCGCUUUUACUUUUCUUUAUCUUGCUUUUCCCUCUUUUUGUGUUGAUACUCUAUUGAGGUGUGCACAAUUUUUGUAAUUUUAGUUUGUUACACAGAAGAGUGAAGGACUUUUUAAUGGAUUAUUCAUUGCCAUUAUGAAGAGAAGGAUACUAGCCAUUUGCUGCCAUCUGCCAGACCUAGAUGGGUGAAGCACAAUGAGUUCUCUGUCGAAGGUGGGAAGAUGGUGAGCGGCAGCCACCUUGGUACUAAUAACGUGAGCCUUGACACAUGGCUGGAAAGGGAGGCAAAUGCUUGGUUUUGUUAAUUGCUCAAAUCAUUGGUGUGUAAACUCAUAAUUUUAGUUAAAGCAGAUAGUAUAUUACUAAUGUUAGUCAGUCUAGUCCAAUUUUUGUUGAGAUUAUGUAAUUUCCUUGUUUGUACUUGGAAAUUCAUGAUUUAAUAAACUCAAAAGACUGCCGUACAAAUUAAGGUAUGGUUUGAAGGGAUCCACUUUGGCCAAGGCCACUUUGUUCCCUUUCCUGAUUGUGUUCAAAAGGUCGCCCCUCAACACCAUGGCUGGCAUCUUUCCCUCAAGAGUCUGUAAAGAGGUUUUCAAUCAUUCAAAUACAAUGAACAAUUUAUUAUUAUUUUUUUUGAGCAGGGUGCCUCAGUGGUUUGCUAAGAGAUCAGCUUUUUUUUAUAUUUUAAGGAAACACUGAUGUCUUUAUUUCUUCUCAGGGCCAGUGUAUCCCUGCUGUACUCAAAAUUGCCUUGAGGUAUCAAAGAAUUUUUAUUUUUCUAUGCACCCUAACAGUGAUAGAGAAUAUGAUACUUGAAAGAUUGUAAUAAAAUAUAGCAAUGUACUAAAAAGUUAUUUUGAGUAAUGAUCCUCCUAAGGUUAAGACCGCCGUUUUGUAAAGAUUAAUAAUAAAAACCAAUGCUG